AUGGUCAUGACUUGUAUUGAAAAUUUAUCUAAUGAAAUUUUUUAUGAAAUAUUCGAUUAUCUCGAUGGUUGUGAUAUAUAUAAAGCAUUUUCAAAUCUUAAUCAUCGUUUCGAAAAAUGUCUUCAAUGUUCAUCUCUUCGAUUCAAGAUUAAACUUGAUUCUUCAUCUAGUAAAAUAUUUAUGAAUUAUUCUAAACAAGUUAGACUUAUGAAUAAACAUCAAAUAUUAUCACUUGAUCUACGGUCAGGAUUAUACAUCGAUGAAUUUCUUUCAACAUUUAUUAUUAAUUCAUCAUUUAAUUAUCUCGAAUCAAUCACUCUUCAUUUUAUGGAAGAAUAUUUUCUUCUAUCACUUCUUCAUCAUUUUAUUUAUUUACCUCGUCUUUUAUCAUUAAAUGUUCAUGCAGAUGAAACUUUGACUGAUUUAAGUGACGUCUAUCGAUUGGGUUUUGCUUUACCUAUAUUAAAAUAUUUCAAAAUAAAGUCAGAAGAUUGGAUAGUAUCGUGGCCAUUUGCUACGACGAACCAACAGUUUAGUACUGUGAAACACCUUGUCAUUGAUCAUUAUUGUACAUUUGAUCACCUUGCUACUAUACUUUCUUAUACACCUCACCUUUGCCAUUUGUGUUUUGAACAUCAAUCAGAUCAUGAUUCAAAUGUUGAAAUAAUAUUACCAAUAACAUUAUCCAAUUUAACACGUAUUUCUUUAAAGAUCAUUCGUUCAGAUUAUGAUGAAGUUAUAAAAUUUCCUAAGAAAAUAUCUUCGAAAUUAAAAUUUCUUCGUCUUACUAGUCAAUCCAAUGAUGUUAUUUAUCUUGUAUCUCAUCUUUGGGAACGAUUAAUUUUACAACAUUUUCCAAAUCUAGAAAAAUUUUACCUAAAACAUUUUGAAUCUAUUGUUUAUGAUAACAGAUCUAGAAAUUAUCUUUGGCAAGGUAAUCAAUUUACAUCAUCAUUUUGGAUUGAACGGCAAUGGAUUUUUCAUGCUGAAAUUUAUACUGAUGAAAUUAUUUAUUCAAUUUAUCCACACAAGUAUAAUAAUAAAAAAAUCUUUUCUAUUAAAUUAAUUCUUUUUCCUUUUUUCUAG